AUGGAACCAAAGAGGGAGAGAAGCUCCAUAAAAAUCUCGCUCAACCUGAGCGCGAACAAGAGGGAUGACAAAAGUGUCAGCGAAUGCAACACUGGGGGGGAUGGGGAUUCCCGGAUCAAGUCAAAGUCGAAGGAGGUUUCACAGGCCUUAGGCCUCAUCGAGGACAUCCGGAGCGGCACGUUCAACUACAAAGACCUGCAGGAAAUCUACUUCAUGAACGACGUGGACUUGGAAAAAAUGAUCAUCGACGCGAAGGGCGCGGAGGAGGGGAACCCCGAGAGGGAGGCCCAGGACGCGGGGCACAGCCCCUACGGGGGGGAGACCAUGUACGGUGGGGAGACCUUGUACCGUGGAGAGGACGCCCAUGGUGAGAGCGCCAUCCGUUCGAAGGAGUUCACCCAAGGGAAGCUGCUCCAGAGCGGGGGAGCGAACCUACAUAGCCCCAUGCACAGCAACGAGAGGAGCCUCACAAAUGAAAAUGAAGAAGACAACGGAGCGAGUGGAAGAAAUGUAUAUGUGCUGAAUAACCAAGUGGGGAAAGUGUGCAUCAUCAGAUUCCCCCCGGAGGUCUCCAAAGAAAUAAAAAAAAAUCUUUUAAAAAAAAAUCUCCAUUUGGAAAUCGAACCAACCAGCUUGUUAAACUCGCGACUGUUCAUUAUACAUUUCAGAAAUAUAAAUAAAAAGUUUUGGGGAAUCCUUCUCGAACUGUCAACCCAUAUAGAGGUACAUAAAACGUUGGACCGAAACAACCUCUACAAGACGAACGACGUUUCGCAGAUGAUUUAUGUGUAUGACCCAAGUGAGAAAAAAAAAAAAAAAAAAAAAAAAUGCAAAAAAAUGAUAAAAAAUUUUAUAAAAAAUAAUUUUCAAUUAAACUGUGGUAUCAGCGAUAGGGUACAAAAUUUCCACUUUGAAAAUUAUGCAAAGCUUUUUAAAUACCAUGACAUUUAUUUUGCGGAGAAGUUCCUUCAUGACUACUUGAAUGCAAAGUAUUAUGACUACUACGACAUGUAUGUGAAGACGUACACGGAGAUGCACACGCACCUCCGCAUCGGUCGAGAGAGCCACAAAAAACAGAACGAAAUUGUUGAUGAACGGACCGACAUUUCGGAGAUCAUCAAUUCUUUGGACAACACCUACAGCAUCAUGAGGGAGCUGGAGAAGGAGACCGGCGGCGACAUUUCGCUCGAGACCCUCCUGAACUAUGAAAUCACCAACGAGAACUACGAGUCGGACGUCUCCGACCUGUUGAUGGGCGGCAGCCACUACUUGAGGAAGCGGGCCUAGGGGAUUAGCGGUGGUGGGAGCGUAGGCAGCAACAGUGGUAGAAACCGCGGUAGCGGUAGUCAGUGUGUUUUCUUCCCCCACGGCCGCUAUGCCUCCACACGUAGAGCCUAUACAUGUUUAUAAAAUUAAUUUGAUAUCUUUUUUUUUUUGUUACAAACCAAAGUGGAGUUAUUUCUUC